UUCACAUUGACUGCAAGGGCGAUGAAGAAAACCGGAAAUCUCUUUAAAGUUUGAAUGCGCUACGUGUGCCAUGGGAAUAUCGAUGGGAUAUAAACAUUUUAGACACUCUGCGAAAUGCACAAACUGAUACGACAAUUACUAAGCCUUACAUUCAGAACUUUAUAAAGUUAAUCAGUUCUUUGACCCAUGAUGGAGAGCUAACGGAACUCGAUGCGUAAAAGCGCACAUUGAAGCUGUUCUGCUGGAUGUACCAUUUUACGAUUUUUUUUUAAAUCAAAUUCUGCUUCUGUAAGUGAUGGCACUAUAUCCUCUUUACUUAUUUACUCUAUUGGUGAUAACCGUGCCUGGAUAUAUUUCUGUAGCGGGAUCAUACGCAUCACGAUACACUACGCAUGUGGACCAGACUCAGUCUGUAUCAGCGGCACAAAGUGGAGCUAAGGUGACAAGUAGACACAGGAACUGGUGUGCCUACGUAGUUACACGGACUGUAAGCUGUGUAAUGGAAGAUGGGGUGGAGACUUAUGUGAAACCUGAAUACCAGCGCUGCCCUUGGGGCCAAUGUUCCCAUGUGGUUUUGUAUCGGACGUACAGAAGACCAAGAUAUAAGACUGCUUAUAAAAUGGUGACGGAGAUGGAAUGGAAGUGCUGUCAUGGUUACACCGGUGAAGACUGCAAUGAUGUUACACAGGUCAGACCAACAUCUACAAGUGGUGGAUCCAAUCCUGGAAGUGGUAGAGGUGACAAUGACAAGAUAAGGCAACUUGAGGAACAGAUUCAUAGAUUGAAUAAGGACCUUCACAACCUCCAGUCAACCAUACACAAUAUGAAUCUGAAAAUAAACGAGGAGUCUAAAAGGACAGACAUCAUUGGCGGAAACAAUCUGGCCGACGCUGCCCAACCAGGAAUGAAAGAGACCAUUGACAGCAUCCAAACUAAACUGGACAUGCUCGACAACAUGACACGGGUCCACGACAAGACUCUCAUCAGCAUCAAUAACCAUCUGGUAGAAGGAAUCGGAAAUGAGUUAGACGGUCGCUCUGGCACUCUAAAAGAGGAGAUUCUCAGGGAACUGGAGCGAAGGGUGGCCCUGUCGUGCUCUUCCUGCCAAACCGGAGUUGAGGGCGUACAGACCCAGCAAAAGGAGGACAGGGAGAGGAUCAGAGCUCUGGAGAAACACGUAAGCGUGAUGGACCAGCAUCAUCGACAAACUGUUGAGAUGCUUGAGAGGGAAUUGUCACGCUCUCAAAGUUGCUGUGAUUCGCUGACCGAUCUGGACAGGAGAUUAGGUGCCACUGAAAGAAAAAUCAGUUCCAUUGACGAGUCUUUUAAUGUUCUUAGAGGACAUGUUGACAAAGAGCUGAGAGGAGGCAAUGGAAGUCGUGGUAAAGCAUUUGAUGAGAAACUGAACAGCCGCCUUCGAGAUCUGGAGAGGCGAUUCAAUGGGACUGUUAGAAAAACCGAACAAAAAUGCUCUCAUACUGAGACAGUCAUGAAAGAGUUUGUCCAGCGAGAAAUCAAUCAGAUGAAGAACUCCAUCCUUAAUCGAGGUGAUGAUCAUGGAUCCAAAAUAUCUACAAUGGAGGUAGAUGUCCAAAACUUGAGGGAUACCAUCAAAGAUCACAAAUUUACUUUGGAGCAGCUGGACAUCAAAACAUCAGAUCUUGACAGUAAGCUUAAGGCAACUAUUAAUUUGUGCAGUGAGACGUGCGGUCCAAAAGGGAGUGAGACGGCGGAUACUGUGAAAAGCCUGGAAUGGAAAGUCAUUGCCAAUGAGAAGGACAUUAAGACAUUUGACACCAAGCUGAAAGACUUAAGUGUGUCUGGUGACUCCAUACUGAACCGUAUUUUAGAUCUCAGCCAAGACGUUGAAAAAAUCAAAGAUUUGACUGGAGACAAUGGAGAGCACUUCAACAAAAUUCUCAUAGACGUAGAGAAUAUGGGACGCGAUUGCCAAACAUGCAAUUCGAUAAAUACUGAACUUGUUAACAUAAAAAACCUAACCAACAACACUUUUAACACACUGCAAGGAAAAAUUACAGAUUUACGAAGAAAAGUAGACUCUGAUGAGAAUGCUUGCUCACAAGUUUGCUCAAAUCUGCAGGAGGAAGUGGGUAAACUGAAAGAAGAGGUUGAGAAAUGCAUAGGACAAUGUGAGAACAGCAUGAUCGACCACCAAAAGUCAAUUGACAACCAAAAUGCCAUAACUCGCAAGCUUGGCAAAGAUCUCAAGUCUAUUCAAGGUGAGCUCUCAGGGGCCAUACAAACAUUCAGCUCUAUCAAUAACACUCUUAAAGAUCUCAGUAACACCAUUCAGAGGCAUGGCGACACCAUUUCUGAUCUUGAUAGGUCUAAGGACACAAUCUACUCUGAGUUAGAUCAGCUCCAGGAUGAUUUAACCAAGCACAUAGAAGACAGUAAAGGGCAGUUUGAUGGCAUCAGACAUGAUAUCAGUAGCAUUAACAGCAAUAUGAUAACUGAAAUGGGUGAAUGCAAGCAUUCUCGGGAUUUGCUCAAGGAAAGGGUUUCGAAGAUGGAGGGUGUAUGCAGCAGACUGGAUUCGUUGUCGGGGAACCUUCAGAGGAUCAAGGAUGGGUUGAGCAAACAUGUCUCUGGGCUCUGGACGUGUGUUAAUGACCUGAACUCCACAGUGAUAUCUCAUGGUGAAGUUAUGAAUAGCAUUCAGAACGUUCAGUCGGAGCACACUCACGGAAUGAAGAACCUCAACUCCUCCAUACUGCACGUUCUCAAGGAGUUCCAGACCUUUACUGAACAAGACUUUACAGGACCACCUGGACCACCUGGUCCUCAAGGAGAGAAAGGAAUCAUGGGACCAACUGGGCCACAAGGACCACCAGGCAGAGAAGGACCACAAGGAAAUGUAGGGCCUGUAGGACCCCCAGGUCUAAGAGGUGAAGAAGGACCUCCUGGAGAGGACGCCGAUGUUCCAAGACUGUCCUUCUCAGCGGCACUCACACGUCCACAAGCCAAUGCAGGCACUAUUGUCUUCAAUAAGGUCCUUGUCAAUGAAGGAAAGGCCUACAACCCAACGACAGGUACGUUUACCGCGCCAGUAAAUGGACGAUACUUCUUCAGCGCAGUCUUGACAGGUCACAAAAAUGUAAAGAUUGAGGCAGUCCUGUCUAAAUCCAAUUUUGGUAUUGCUCGCGGGGAUUCGGCUGGCUAUCAGCCCGAAGGCCUGGAGAAACCCAUGGCUGAAGCAAGACACACUCCCGGUUCCCUAGUCGUCUUUAACAUCAUACUACCUCUACAGGAGGGUGAAACGGUUUGCAUUGACCUGGUCACAGGUAAACUUGCCCACUCUGUUGAGCCCCUUACAAUCUUCAGUGGAAUAUUGCUCUACGAGGACACAGAGGAUCUAUUAUAGGAAUUAUCGGAGAAACUACAGUGAGGACAAUGAAAACAUCAGAUGUUAAAAUCUGCUUCUGGACAUCAGGCAUAAGAUUUUCAUGCAUAAAAGUUUUACAUAUUUACAUUUUGUAUGCAUAACGAAUGUCACACAAAAAGGAGCAAGACCAGGACAUGGAUUUAUAUAUAUAUAUAUAUAUAUAUAUAUAUAUAUAUAUAUAUAUAUAUAUAUAUAUAUAUAUAUAUAUAUAUAUAUAUAUAUAUAUAUAUAUAUAUAUAUAUAUAUAUAUUUUCAGACUAAGAUGGACUGGGAUGUUUGUUUUUAUAUUAUUUUUUUUUCUUAAAGGGCAGAUCAUAUAUGUUUGUAUAUGUGAAGAGCACAAUGCAAUUUAUUUAGUUAAUGGCACCUCAGUAAGCAAAGUCAGUAAGCAAAUAUGUGUGCAUAUCUUUACUUUGGUGCCGUUUAUUUUUGUAAUGAGAAACAAAUCCUCAAGGGCUCCAUUUAGGGUUUUUCCCAUGAAAUUAAUGCAAUAAAUAACACAUUUUAAUUUGUAUUUUUCCAAUUUCCUCUCAGUAUUAUUCAUUGACAUUUAUGGCAAAUAACCUCAGUCAACUUCUAAAUUAGAAAAAUUAUCUAUAAAAGGAUGAACACAGCAGGCUUUGCAGAGAGGGACUAUUUUUUUUGGCCAAAAGCUAUAAAUAAGAAAACUCCUCUAACUCAUGAUCUAGUAACUUCUCCAAAAGCUUUUUGUUUAUGUUAGACGCAAAAUAAACCGAUUUUGUCAGUGUAGUUUUCUCUUCUGACUGCAGAUGUUCUGCAAAUGAAGUAAAUGUAACAGCUUGGAAUCUGUGUCUUUACUGUGUCUUGGUGGUCUAAUGUUUUCUUUAAUACAAAGGGAUUUAGAAGAGUUUUGCAGAGCCUAGUACUAUGAGACCAUUUAGUCCGAUUUUAACCAUGAAAUGAGAGUCAUUCCCUUAAAAGGACAUUUUUAUUACUUUUACUUUGCAGUAGCCCAGCUGAUUUGGUUGAUUUAGAUUUGAAAGCACAUCAGCUGUUCUCACUUAACCUGGAGCACACAUCCACAUCUGAUUGUUUGGUAUCUUCUUUACCUCUCACCAUUCACCAGGCAUUACAAUGCAGUAUUAUGAUUCAGAAAUGAGCAGCAAAAAGUUUUUUUAACUAUUGGGCAAACUAAAUAGUCCUCAGCCAUUGUUUCAACCAAUACAUUUUUUUUAAUCGCUAUGUUUCUCAUGACUGAAUGUUGAGCAUGGAAUAUACAGUAUAUUUGCAUUGUUGGAUUUUUAAUAAAAUAUUUAAUUUUUACACAAAUUUA